CAUGAAAGACUUCCUAGAAAAACACCUUUAGGCAAUCAAACAUCACUCGAAUCUAUUAGCAUCUACUGUAUUGCUGCAUCAUAGACGUAAAUAAGCAUAGUACAUUAUUUAUUAUCAAUAACAACCAAAAAGAUGAAGUUGUCUAUCGCCGCAGGACUUAUGAUGGCCUUGGCCACGACGGAAGCCUUCGCUCCGUCGAGCAUUCACAAGAGCGCCCACUCCACGGCACUCAAUGCAGAAGAAAGCAACAAUAAUUUCCUCCCCAAAAUCGACGCCAAGGCUGCUGCAUCUUUCGUUGCCGCAUCCGUCUUUGCGUUCUCGACAGUCGGAGUGACAACAACGGCUCUUCCCGGAUUCGUGGAACCUGCCCACGCUGCCUCGAAAACCGUUAAGCAAGAGGCCAAGAAGCUUUCUAAGGAAGAAAAGGAGUACAAAAAGGCCMAGGACAAUAUUGAUUUGUGCAAMAAGACUCUUAAGGCCUACGAAAAAUUGAAUUCCGAUGCCAAGAGUGCUGACAAGAAGGCCUCCAGCGCCUUGGAUUCGGCAACCAAGAACCUUGCAUCCGCCAAGAAGGCCUACCAAGCGACUGCCGAUAAAUUGGCCGCUGCCAAGAGCCAAAAGAUGCCAGCUUCUGCCGUGAAAGAAUUGACAGCAGAUGCAGGUACGACAAAUACAAAUCGCAACACAACUUAAAUGUCGUCGGUAUUCGAGAGUUUCCAGAACGUAGAGUUGUGCGUUUGUGCGUGGUUGUUGGACAAUCAUGGACAAUUUUUGGGAGAGUGGCGUUCAGAGAAGRUGUCUUCAGACGAAUAUAUCUCUGCGUGGUGCGAGAUUGAUUCAAUGAUCUGAACUGUGUCUCGAUUGUGAUGCAGUGACCCUGCGUUCUCUACGUUGCCGGCACAUCCAUUCUGAUUUCUUUCAUGUUUCAUCUCACCUCAUUCUGCGAAUGUCUUUUUGUAUACCUCUUUUGUAUUGCGAACUGACAGCUGGUCUGAAGGAAGUCUUGAAGGGCAAGGAAAAGAUCUACUCCGAUGCCUCCAAGGCUGCCAGUGCCACUUCUCAGGAAGUCAAAUCUUCUGCCAAGGGUAUCGAMGAGUCCAAGAAGGCUCUAAAGAAGGCAGARAAAUCCRUCAAGAAGGCAGAGAAGACCUACAACAAAUACCAGAAAAAGGUCAAGAAGCAACUCAAGGAACAACAAARCAAGCUCAAGAAACUUGAAAAKGAAGCGAGCAAACUCAAGUCAAUGAAGGMRAGGGAAGCAAAGGAACUCGCCGGCAAACAAAAGGCAAUCGAAUCCGAAUCCAAGAAUUUGGAAGCAUUGAAAYWGUUGUAAACGUUUUAAAGAACAAAAUUGAGAAUUGUGA